UAUGAAUGGCUCGCGAUCUAUGGAAGGCUACAAUUAUUUGCCAGAAGAAGCGUAAUCAUCUUUUAAGAGGCUGGAAGCAGAAAUUUAUAAAAUUUUAGGCUGAGAGAAGAGAAUAAGCAAACUCAUUAUGAAGGAGUAAACCUAUCUGGGAAGAGUAAGAUAUCUAUAGUCUCUAAAUAAAAAUCAUAUCCGCUUAGUACCCGAUCAAAAUCCUUCUUCGGAACUUUUUAUGGGAAGUAUUACAUGAACUGAUCCAAGCAAUGCAUCUCUUGAUCAAAAUCCUUUGGGAAACUCUAAAAAGACCAAAGAAAGCGACCAACAUGUUGAUAGCAUAGAAUCUGACGAUCUGGUUAUUGAUGAAGAUAAUUUUGGCCAGUACAUGAACUCUGUGUUUAGGAAUGAUGUCGGAGGACAAUCGAUAAGAAAUUCAAAUGUUGACCCGAGAGACUCAUUUUUUCCUCCUCCAAGUGAGAAUAUGAGAAUUGAUCUUACCAGGUGCUCACAAUGACAUUUCGUUUUUACUUGAUGAUGUAUUUUUGAAUGUUCUUUUUAUUUGAUGGAAUUUAUGAGCUUCUUAAUCAAGGAUAAAUUUUGAAGUAGCAAAUUAGAAUUUAGAUAUGCAAGUGAUAACAUCUAAACCUCUUGUUUAUAUUCUUUGAAUUGACCUUGACCAUUUUAAUAAAAUUACUCUUUAAAAAUACUCUAAAAUUUAUAUAGAUCGUUGAGUAGAAGUGAGAGAAUAUUAUUUAUAUCCAUCAUCUUAGUAGUGGCUAUCGGCACAUCCUUAACAAUUUUAUUCUUGUACUUCUUCUAAAAUAAUAAGCUUAAUAUCACCCAUUUUCGUCACCAAAAUCAAACUAAAUUAUACCAACCUCUC